CGCUAUGUUUGUUUGUGAAGCUGCCAGGGCCACCGAGCUUUUUGGAACGUUGCAGGUGACGACGGUGAGGUUACCAUCCACAUGCAGAUCCCAGCGGCCAGGGUCAAAGAUCUCCUGGGCGUGCAGGGAAGGAACAUCAAGGCCAUCAAGAGCCAGAGCGGCGUCCUUAAGGUGGGCGUCCUGGACCGCAACGACCCCGCGAACGUGGAAAUCGUUGGAACCGCCCAUGCAGUGGAGCAUUGCCGAUCUUUGGUGAACUCCGUGGUGGAGGGGGACUUGUCGGCCAUUGGCAACGUCUCCGAGAUGCUGGACAUUGAGCCGCGGCUGAUCUCGCGGCUUAUUGGCCCCAAAGGCCAGAACAUCUCCAGCAUGAAGGACCAAAGCGGCGCGUACCUGGCAGUCAAGGAGCCUGCGCCCGGUAGCGGCAACAAGGUGGUCAUCACUGGCUUCCCAGAUUGUGUGGCUCGCGCACGGGAGCUGGUGGUCGCGUUCCUCAACCAUGAGAACCACGCCCAGAUGCCAGGCCCUGGCUUUCCGCAGAUGCAGCCCCACAUGCGACCGGUGCAGCCAAUGCAGCAGCCAAUGCAGCAGCCAAUGCAGCCGCAGCCAAUGCAGCCGGUGCAGCAAAUGCAGCAGAUGCAGCAGUCACAGGCAGAGGAGAGCCGCAUGCCAGUGCCGAACGCCCAGAUGCCUGCCUGGAGCGGCCCGAAUGCGGGGCACGAGGCUUCGAUGGAGAUGGCAUGGCAGGGGAAAGGCUGGCCCGGCUGGGACGGCCACUGGCCCCAGGGGCAUCCCCAGGCGCACCCACAAGGCCACCCUCAGGGGCAUCUCCAGCAUCCUCAGGGGCAGCCUUCGGGGCAUCCGCAGCAGCAGCAUCCGCAGCAGCAGCAUCCGCAGCAGCAGCAUCCGCAGCAGCAGCAUCCGCCGCAGCAGCAUCCGCCGCAGCAGCAUCCCCAGGGCCAGCCCCAGUGGCCCGAGGGCCAGUGGCAAGCAGCCGAAGGCCAGUGGCAAGGAGACGGAGCUGCCUGGGCCAAAGGCUGGGGCAAAGGCGAAGCCUGGCCUGCCUGGGAGGCGCAGUCGCAGGCGCAAGGAGCCAUGGCCCACACAGGAGGAGAUGGCAUGACUACGAUGCCAAGACCUGCAGGUGUCACCAACGCAGCCCCGCAGGAGGGGUAUGGCGAGGAUGCAGGCUGGGAGUGGGCCGGCGACUGGAGUGAAAGGUGGCCGGCCGGCUACGGCGGCUACGGCGGUGCUUGGGCCUAGUCGCGGGUGCAUGGCCAAGAACCCUUGUAGCUGAAGCGAAAGUGAGUGGCGCGCCUGGCGAGUCGAGUGCGCUGCUUUGGUGGAA